UGAGACACCAAAAAUAAUAACGAAGAUAUUCAAGUUCCGUUAUUUAAAUGAAGAAAAAUGUUAACAAAAGGAAAACUGAACGCUGUUCUACCAAUCUGCGAAGAUGAUGUUAAAGAUUUUGAACCAAUUAUAUUUCAUACUCCUGCUAUUUAUAGUACCAAAGUAAAAGUUCAUGAUUGGCAAAUGCAUACAUUGGCUGAACCAAGAGAUAACAAAUAUAUAUUCCCACCAAAGGGUAAUCUUCAUAAAUCAUCGUAUCAAAGAUUUGGACCAGAACCUGCUUGUACAGGAAUUACAGAGACGCAAGCGAUGUUAUCUCAGAUAGAAUUAAAAGAUCUGUACAAACCAAUUUAUCCGCAACGCACUUUGCUUCAUAUGAAGUCCCUUGCAUCAAUAGAGCCCGAAGAAGAACAAGAGACACUGACAGAUAUUAUAUACGAUGCUGAAGAAGCUCGUAAAAUGGAUUAUCGAACAACAACAAAAAUUCAUUAUAGAUUACCUCAUCCCAUGAAACCAAAACCAUUACCACCAACACCAUCGCCGGAACCAUGGCUCUUGAAUCGUCGGACUAUCGGAUAUAGCCUUGAACAAUUGGAGAAACGAGAUGGAAUGCAUACAUUUUUAGAUGACAAUAUGGAACUUCAUAAACAGAUAGCUGAUUUAAAGUCAAAAAGAUAUAAAUUGCAUAUGUUUCAAGAAAGUGAGCCUUCUGAAGUUAUUAAUUUGUCCAAUAGAAAGGAGUGUAAAAUUGAAAAUAGUAACGUAGAAAAAUAAUGAUGAAAAUAUAU